GGAUGGGUAGGGAGAGGUAGAAGAUGAGGUCAGAGAGAAAUAAGGCCUUAUAAGUCAGUGAUAAUUUUAAUCUUUAAUCUGAGUAUGAAGGGGAUCUAUUGGGGAGUGACAUGACCUAAUUUGCCUUCUACAAAGUAAAACUACUUUGUUGAGCAUGGUCCCUUGUGGGUCAAGGGAGAAAGUAGGUAUUAAGUGAUGGAGACAAUGAAAGUUACUAGAAUCAGGAUGUAUUAUUUUAUCGGAACUUUUGUUUAACCUGAGCUUAAAAAUAUUUCUUGCUGUGAUAGUAAUAUAGUUUGUUGAACGUAAUUUUUUCUUUUUUUGAGUUAUUCAGUAUUUUAUACUGUUGCAGUUUCAGGUUUGUACUUACAGAAGAUAAUUAAAACCUGUGACACAAAUCUUUUCCUGUCAUUCGCAUAUUUUCCCAUAUUCUGGUAUUGGCGACAAACACCUCUGUUAAUUUAGCAAACAAGGAAUUAAUUUUCUUUUAAUUGAGAUGUUAAAUUCUAGUUUGUGAAUAUGUGUAUAAUCUUUAAAGAAAAUUCUACUUAAUAAAAUUAUAAACAUCUAAGGUGAUAUUAGGAUGAGCACAAGUAUUAAGAGAUGUCAAUGGCAAUGUUUUCUAUAGUUCUAUGGCAAAGAAACCUUAUAAUUAAUUCUUAAGUCACCUUGCAGUUACUAAACAAAGUAAAUUUUAAAUAGAAUUAUGCAUUGACUUAACAUUAUUAAAACGACUUAUGUUGCCUAUUUUAUGUUUUCCAGGAACAUCACUUACAGCGAGCUAUUUCAGCACAGCAAGUGUUUAGAGAAAAAAAAGAGAGCAUGGUCAUUCCAGUUCCUGAGGCAGAGAGCAACGUCAACUAUUACAAUCGCUUGUACAAAGGAGAGUUUAAACAGCCAAAACAGUUCAUUCAUAUUCAACCCUUUAAUCUAGACAACGAACAACCAGAUUAUGAUAUGGAUUCAGAAGAUGAAACCUUAUUAAAUAGACUUAACAGAAAGAUGGAAAUUAAGCCUUUGCAAUUUGAAAUUAUGAUUGACAGACUUGAAAAAGCCAGUUCUAAUCAGCUUGUAACACUUCAGGAAGCAAAACUGCUGCUAAACGAAGAUGAUUACCUUAUUAAAGCUGUGUAUGACUACUGGGUAAGAAAACGUAAAAACUGCAGGGGGCCGUCCCUCAUUCCUCAGAUAAAACAAGAGAAAAGAGACGGCUCUACCAACAAUGACCCUUAUGUUGCCUUUCGGAGGAGAACAGAGAAAAUGCAAACUCGAAAGAAUCGUAAGAAUGAUGAAGCCUCUUAUGAAAAGAUGUUGAAAUUGAGACGAGAGUUUAGUAGAGCCAUAACAAUUUUGGAAAUGAUUAAGAGAAGAGAGAAAACAAAACGAGAAUUAUUGCACUUAACCUUAGAAGUUGUGGAAAAAAGAUAUCAUUUGGGAGACUAUGGUGGUGAAAUCCUUAAUGAAGUGAAAAUCAAUAGAUCAGACAAAGAGUUAUAUGCCACUCCAGCAACUCUUCAUAAUGGAAAUCAUCACAAAGUCCAAGAAUGUAAAACUAAGCACCCUCAUCAUUUGUCUUUGAAAGAAGAGGCUUCUGAUGUGGUUCGUCAAAAGAAGAAGUACCCAAAGAAGCCUAAAGCAGAGGCUUUGAUAACAUCUCAGCAACCCACUCCUGAGACAUUGCCUGUGAUCAAUAAGAGUGAUAUUAAGCAAUAUGACUUUCACAGCUCAGAUGAAGAUGAAUUUCCACAGGUACCAUCCCCAGUAUCAGAACCUGAAGAAGAAAAUGAUCCUGAUGGUCCCUGUGCUUUCAGGAGGCGAGCAGGAUGCCAGUAUUACGCUCCUCGUUUGGACCAAGCUAACCACUCAUUUGAAAAUUCAGAAUUGGCAGAUUUGGAUAAGUUGAGAUACAGGCAUUGCCUUACAACGCUUACAGUCCCAAGAAGAUGUAUAGGAUUUGCAAGGAGGCGAAUUGGCAGAGGUGGAAGGGUUAUAAUGGACCGAAUAUCCACAGAACAUGACCCAGUCCUGAAACAGAUAGACCCUGAAAUGCUGAAUGGUUUUACAAGCUCUUCCCAAACUAUAGACUUCUCUUCUAAUUUCACUCGGACCAAUGCUUCCAGUAAACAUUGUGAAAAUAGACUGUCCCUUUCUGAAAUAUUAAGCAAUAUCAGAUCAUGUCGACUACAGUGUUUCCAGCCAAGGCUACUAAAUUUACAGGACAGUGAUAGUGAAGAAUGUACCUCAAGAAAAUCAGGGCAGACUGUGAACAAUAAAAGAGUUUCUGCAGCAUCUGUAGCUUUAUUGAACACCAGCAAGAAUGGCAUAUCAGGGGGUAUCACAGAAGAGCAGUUUCAGACACAUCAACAGCAGUUAGUUCAGAUGCAAAGGCAGCAGCUUGCUCAGCUUCAGCAGAAACAGCAGUCUCAGCAUUCCUCGCAACAGACACAUCCAAAAGCACAGGGCUCAAGCACCUCUGACUGUAUGUCUAAAACACUUGACUCAGCCAGCGCCCACUUUGCUGCAUCCGCAGUGGUCAGCGCACCUGUUCCGAGUCGCGGUGAGGUAGCCAAGGAACAGAACACUGGCCACAACAACAUAAAUGGUGUUGUCCAGCCUUCAGGAACCUCUAAAACGUUAUACUCCACCAAUAUGGCUUUAUCAUCCAGCCCAGGGAUUUCCGCUGUACAACUUGUAAGGACAGUUGGCCACACCACUACAAACCACUUAAUCCCAGCAUUGUGCACAAGCAGUCCUCAGACACUUCCCAUGAACAAUUCCUGCCUGACAAAUGCAGUGCACCUCAAUAAUGUCAGUGUUGUUUCUCCAGUCAAUGUGCAUAUCAAUACACGGACUUCAGCACCAUCGCCAACAGCCUUAAAACUUGCCACAGUUGCUGCCAGUAUGGACAGAGUGCCAAAGGUUACUCCUAGCAGUGCCAUCAGCAGCAUAGCGAGAGAGAACCAUGAACCUGAAAGAUUGGGCUUAAAUGGAAUAGCAGAGACAACAGUAGCUAUGGAAGUGACAUAACCUAAAACAUGUGGCUUUUGACCUGUGCUGAUGGUGUGCAGUCAUUCAUAUUCCAGCUGAAUGCAAAAGGCGACACUCUGUGGAUCACGGAGCGUAACAAUGGACCUAAAUGGACUACAGUAUAUCGGAUAUUAAAUCGAUAUAUGAUGUAUAUUUUGUAAAAUUGGGAAAAUCACUACCUUGUAAAAUAGUUUAUUUGUAUCAUCAAUAUUAUUUCUGUUACUUGAAUAGUAGAUAUUCAUCAUCAUGCUUUUGCACUUGAAUUUGCAACUGAAUGGAUUUUAAAAAAUAAUUCUUUAAUGGGAUCAUGAGCAUGAAAUGGGAUCCUGCAUCACUUGUUUUAACUAUUUAUUUUGCCAUGUUUACAUUUUGUAUCUUGUAAAAAUAAAUCCAACUUUGUGUCUAAAAAGUUAAAGAUUCAUAGCUAGGAAAUGAAAUUCUUGUAAUUUUUUUCUAAAGGAACUGUAAAGUUUUCACUUGGUUCAUUUUGUUUCACAAUUUGACUAGAUGGACUUUUUGGUAAAUACUAGUGGCAUUUCACUGUCAAAUAUGAAGUUCAAGGCAAAAUAGUAUUUUCUAUUACUGUGCAGGGGAAAGGGAUGGAUCGAUACAUGCAAAUUUAAUGUAGUAACUCACUUUUCCAUAUAUUUUGAAUGUAUAUUUCUAUUUAUAAUACCAGUUUAUAAAAAAUAAUUACACAGGAAAAACGGACUAGGAAAAAUUAUGCAUCUAGCACAUUUAAACUGUGCAGAUAAGAAAAUUUUUCAAGGAUUACAUUUUAUCUGAAGACUGCAUAUUUUAACUGGCUUUAAAACUGUAACACACCACAUAAAGGAUAUUUUACCAGGUAUGUAUUGCAUCAUAUCAUUGCAAUAAUUAUUGGAAGUCUAGAUAUCGAGCCAUCCCAGGUGUUGGGAGGGGGGGAGGGUUGUGGCAAGAUUGUCUUUUCAAUUUUGGAGAGUUUUCCUGUGGCUACAAGGCAAGUAACGGGUUGGAAAAAGUCUGACUGUAAGCGUUGGACACCUUCAUAGUGUAGUGUUUUAGUGACUUUUUUUAUACGGUUCUUGUAAAUUAGAUACGUGUAGUGGUGUUUCAGAAUGUUUGUUUAUGCACUAGUUCAGACAACUUUCCCUGUUACUUGUUCUUGAUAAGUGAAAACUGCAGGGAAAUAAAAAUACAUAUCAAAACAUG